AUGACAACAACAAACAUGCCGCCCGGCACCAACACCGAAGCACAGCACUUCCGCAGCAUCCCAUGGUGCAUCCCGAUCCUGACGGACCCGGACUUCGCGAUCCAGCCCACGGUAACGCGACACCUGCAACCGCACACGACGGAGAACCACCUCCUGUCACUGACGCUCAACACGACAUCCACCAUCUCUGCAUGGUGCAGUCUGUACCGCAAACCCUCGACGUCGGCACGCAACGCCAAAGACGAAGUGCGCACGCUGCUGGCCCUGCGCGCCGGCCUCGACGGCUACGGCGGGAUCUGCCACGGCGGCGUGACGGCGACCAUCUUCGACGAGGUCAUGAGUCUGCUGGUCGCCGUGUGUCGCGAGUCCACGGGUUUGCGGCCCGAUAACGUCACGGCCGAUUUGAGGGUGAGGUAUUUGAGGCCCGUGCUUACGCCCUCGGUCGUGCUGUGUUCCGCCAAGGUUAGGGAGGUGAAAGGGGAGAGGAAGUAUUUCGUUGAUGGCGAGUUCGUGGAUGAGAAUGGGGUGGUGUUGGCGAGGGGAGAGGGCUUGUUUGUUCAUAAGCCCGUGGAGAACUUGUAA